AUGACGGGCAAGACGGUCGAGACUUCUAAGCUGGCUCCUAGACUCCAUAUUGUCGUUGUGGGCGCAGGGAUCGGGGGGUUGUCAUGUGCCAUCGCUUGUCGGCGGGCGAACCCCCCGCUGGCGGUGACAGUGGUUGAAAGAGCACCGGAGAUCCUCACAGUCGGCGCUGGCAUUCAUAUUCCACCCAAUGCGUGUCGGGUGAUGGAUGAGUUUGGCCUUCGGGAAAAGUUGAAACAAGCUGGAGCGUACUCGGUUGACGGAUUCACCUUGAAGAGGUACAAGACUGGCGAAGACAUUGUCGAAAAGCCUAUGGGAAAACGGAUGGAAACAGAAUAUGGUUCUCAGUGGCUGGCUGUACACAGAGGCGAUUACCAAAAUGUGCUUCUCGACGCCGCCCGAUCUCUCGACGCCAACAUCAUGACGAAUGCCGAAGUUGUCAGUGUAGAAACUGGGACUGGGGCAUCGCUUGGCUACCAGACUGUAAAUCUGGCAGAUGGUAGCACCUUGAAGGCAGAUGUCGUUAUCGGCGCAGAUGGCCUUUGGUCAGGUCUUCGUGAGCAUGUGCUGGGAAGGCCGUUUGCGCCAUUGGAGACCGGAGAUCUGGCCUACCGGGGAACCUUUACUCGAGCACAGCUUGAGGCCUUCAAGGACGAAAGAGUGGACAAACUUCUGGACAAGUCCAACGUACAAGUUUGGCUGGGCCCGGGACGCCAUGCAGUCUUCUACCCUUUGAGAAACAAGUCAGAGUACAACUUGGUAUUAUUGUGUGCGGAUGAUCUUCCUGAAGGUGUUCGGACCUCGCCUGGCAGUGUGGAAGAAAUGGCAGCAAACUUCGAGGGUUGGGAUCCUGCCCUCAAUAUCAUCAUUUCCUGUUUGAAAACAGCCUUGAAAUGGAAGCUGUUGCAUUUCGAGGCGCUUGACAAGUGGACGAAGGGGCCCAUUGCCCUCCUAGGGGAUGCCACUCAUCCUACCCUGCCGUACCAAGGCCAAGGAGCUGCGAUGGCCGUCGAGGAUGGAGCAAUUAUUGGACUGCUCCUGAAUGAGCUGCAACAAAAAGGCAUCUCGGAAAUCCCUGGACAGCGAGUUGCCCAACUGACGGGAUUGUUCCACUUGUAUGAGGAUCUUCGAAAAAAGAGAACUCGAGUCAACGUUGCUGGUGCCGUUCUCACCCGACACUUUUAUCAUCUGCACGACGGAGAGGAACAGAUUGCUCGCGACAGAGACUUGGCCAGUCUCCCCGCGACUCAGUGGCAAGGAGCUUGCAAAUUCAACUGGGGAGAUGCUGCAUAUCAGAAAUCCUUGCUAGGAUUUGACGUUCUUCGAGAUGCGAAGGAAAAGUUUGAUGAGUGGUCCCGUGGAGACGCAGCAGGAACAAUACAGACCUCACUAUAG